UAGGAACCACUAUAAAAUACAAACCGCUUCUGCCCGUGCAGAUUACCUCUCUCCCUCUCCCUCUCUCUCUCUCUCUCUCUCUCUCUCUGAGAUCAGCCGUUUCUCUCUCUCGGAAAGCGUUCCCCUUUUCUCCCUAUCUCUCUGAAGAAUAUCUCUCUCUUUGAGAUCGUCGAUCGCGCUCUCUGCGAUUGCAUGUUUGGUUACCUGGAAACUAGGGAAAGAAGAAGAGAAGUGAAGGAAAUUUUUGAAUGUAGUAUUGUGUCUUGAAAGCAGGUAUCAGUAUGGGGCAAAGAAAUAUGCUAUUCACUAAUCGAAUGAUUGCUUUUGAAUCGGAUCAACAUGGCCAGAAUUAUCUCCGUCCUGAGCCUUGCAUCCUUUUGGGUUCCAAUGCAAACUUUGCACAACCAAAUAUCCGAACUAUGGUGUCAGCUUCUGGGAACACAGCUAAUCUUGACGUCCAGUAUGCAGUAGAGCCUUGUGACAAUGCUAUGAUCUAUGGGAUGACACGUUACAAUGGCAUUCCGCACCAUCAUAAUCUUGAUUUAGGUGUUGCACCUUCAGCCAACUUUUAUUAUUCUUACAUGGCACCUUCAUCUGGUAGUGGGGCAUUACCUGCUCCCCGAAGUCAUGGGGCCUCUGGUCAGUUGGCAUCUUCCAGCAAUUAUGGGGUCAUUGGAGUUCCUACAGAUGCGCAUGGAAGGAACAGUCACUUUAUGGAUGAUGUCAGGGGUCCAAUGAAGAGAAAACAUGCUGAAGGUAUUGCCGGGAGUUUUCAACAUAAUGAUGCAUCAUCAAGCUCUAGUUCUUCAGUUGCCCCCUUGAAUACAAGGCAUCCUGACGGGGUUGCUGUAAUGGAUGCUGCAUCUUUUGAUAUUUCUCAGUACAGAGGGGUUGGUACUCCAUCUAUCAUGGAAGUAGGACCCCAGAAUAGUUUGAGGAACAGAGCCGGUGCUACUGGUAUGGAUUCUCUUAUGUUGCAUGACCAUAAUCAUUUGAUUCAAGCAAAUUAUAUGGGUCAGCCUUUUCAGCCAGCUGGUACUCUCUGGUUGGACCAACAGUUGAGCAGUAAUUCUGUUGAUGGAGGAGGUACAUCAUCCUGGAACCAGGCUCCUGCAAUGCCGUAUGUGCAUGGGAGCAAUGCCAAUGGAGGUUCUAUGGAGAGUCGUAGCAUGGGUGUGCAGAGAUAUCAUGAGACAGCUAGUAACAGAAGUCCCCCUAAUUUCCAGCAUCCUCCUCCCAUCAACCACCAGCACCACAAUCUUCAUCAUCCACAGCUAACGCAUGGAGUGAGAGGCCAGAAUAUUAACUUUCAACCCCAAGUAGCUGCAGCUUCUUAUAGAGUUUCUACAAAUCCUUCACGCGGCAGUCUGAAUCCUGCUCAGAACAGUUUGGAGAUGGGUCAUAGGCAUCCCGGAUCUGUUCCACCAACUGGGCUUCGGAUAUACCGUCAUAACAGAGGGGGAUUCGUUCCUGAGGCAACUCUUAGACAUCGCAACCUGCCACACUUGAGAGUUCUGCAGGCUGAUGAAACUGCGAUACUAGAUAUGCCAGAAUUUUAUCAAGUGGGGAAUUUGAUGGACCAUCACAGAGACAUGCGGUUGGAUAUUGAAGAUAUGUCUUAUGAGGAGCUUCUUGCAUUGGGGGAACAGAUUGGCAGUGUGAGCACUGGGUUGUCGGAGGAAACUGUCACAUGUCAAUUAAGGACAAAAACUUAUGUAUCAUCUACUACUGUUAUCAAUCUGGAGGAGGCAGCUUCUGUGGAUCAGGAAGCUGAUUCUUGCAUUAUAUGCCAGGAUGAAUAUAAGAACCAAGAGAAGAUUGGAAUUCUUGAUUGUGGACAUGAUUAUCAUGCGGAUUGCUUAAAGAAGUGGCUGCUCGUGAAGAACGUCUGCCCCAUCUGCAAAUCUGAAGCGCUGACCACAGGAAGAAAGGAUGUAUAGAAAUGGGUUUGACAGUUGGAAAUUCAAGUGAAAAAACUCUUCCACUAGUCUUUCCAACACAGCUAAUUAUCAUAACAAGUUGAUAUUUUGUAUAUGUACUUAGCGUAUAUGACUAACAGUUGGACUCAUUUAUUUGUUGGCCUCUGGAACAUGGGUCCUGCGUCUAGACAAAAACAAACUGUACAGACUUUUUCAUGAUGCUCCGUAUGCUCUAUUCUAUCAUAUUCUUGUUCUUCA